UCUAAACCACGCGUCGUAAAGCCAGCAUUUGCGCGGCGUUGCUACUGCUGGUACGAUGUCGUCCCUGCUCGCCUUGGGGACUCGACCACGUACGAAUAUCACGAAUGAAGUGGGCGAGAGACGGCAUGGACAAAGGUGCUAUCCAACGCGAUGGCAUUCAGGUCUUUCCCGCACAGCAGCCCUCGGACUGUCGGCGUCCGUGUCGAGUGUCGACGAUUUGCAAAACGCAGCCAUUUUCUGCGGUAGGGCGUCAAGGGGGAUGUCCACGGGGCAUGGAUGCAUAUCGUGACCAUCGCGACCUUGUGGUGGUGUCAAGGCGCUACUGCCAUCUCUCUCGUUGCCGUGGAAGGGGGGCGUCAGGAAAAAACUGCGGGGAGGGAGGCGCUCCAUGUGGAUGCGUCCUGGGCUUGUCUCGACGCUGCUUUGGGAAUGCCAAGGCACUCAAUGCCAGUGCCGUGGCCUCCUCGUCCACCGCGCCACUCGUGAAAACUCCCGUGUCGACCGUUUGUAAUGCUUGAACAGAUUCACUCGCACGCGACACGGGCAAAUGCCGGCCGUCCACGCUCUCGGCGCGGGCAGCAGCAUUGGGGCGAGAGAGCAUUGCAAGUCGAAUGGGCGGCGGCGCUGGCUUCUGGCGCUCGGGUGCUGGUGGGUCUUCGUCCCCAUCGCGCAGCUUUCAAGUGCAGGUGGGAACAACGGAGGCGUUAAAAUAGGUUUUAAGUUGAACCGAAUGUGUCGCGGGAACGCCCCGAGCUUUC